GCAACUCACUCCCCCUUCCCGGAAGUGAAGAACUGUUACUGAGUCAACAUGGCGGCGUCGUUGGUACGUCUCGUCCGUGCAGGUCUUGGACGGAGUUGCAACAUUGCAAGGACUUCAUCUCUCCUGCAGCAGCAGACCAGACUGCAGAGUUCCACCACGGAGACGAGACCCACCGUGAGACCCAGAGAUGCAGUCGCCCACAGCCAGCUGGCAGCAUUUGGGGAGUACGUGGCGGAGAUGAUGCCCAAAUACAUCCAGCAAGUUCAGGUGACAUGCUACGACGAGCUGGAGGUGAUGAUCCAUCCCGACGGUGUGAUCCCCGUGCUGACCUUCCUGAGGGACCACACCAACGCACAGUUCAGAAACAUGAUCGACCUCACGGCCGUCGACAUUCCGACACGGCCCAACCGCUUUGAGAUCGUGUACAACCUGCUCUCACUGCGCUUCAACUCGCGUAUCCGCAUCAAGACGUACACGGACGAACUGACACCGGUGGACUCUGCGGUUCCUGUCCACAAAGCUGCCAACUGGUACGAGAGGGAGGUUUGGGACAUGUUUGGCGUGUUCUUUGCCAACCACCCGGACCUGAGGCGUAUUCUAACCGACUAUGGUUUUGAGGGCCAUCCCUUCAGGAAGGAUUUCCCUCUGUCGGGAUAUGUGGAGGUACGCUACGACGACGAAUUGAAGCGCGUGGUUGCGGAACCGGUGGAGCUGUCGCAGGAAUUCCGGAAGUUUGACCUGAACACACCGUGGGAAGUCUUCCCCGCUCACCGGGAACCCAAGGAGGCUCCGCCCACACUGGAAGCUGGAGACACGGCCCCCGAGAAGAAGUGAAUUAUGAUAUCGUACCGUUAGGGGUUAAAAUAUACAAAAUGUAAAUGUAAAUAAAAAAUAUUAAUUAAACCAUGAGGAAACUUGA